UUCCACGACAGCUGGAAGCUGCGCGAUCCGGGCGCCUCGGUCGAUUUUUCCUUCGUAUUUUCGUCGAAAGCGAACACAAGUCAGGCAACAUGGGAGACAAGAAGAGCCCGACGAGGCCGAAGCGGCAACCCAAGCCCUCCUCGGAUGAAGGAUACUGGGACUGCAGCGUGUGCACGUUCAGGAACGGCGCCGAGGCGUUCAAGUGCAUGAUGUGCGACGUGAGGAAGGGGACGUCCACGCGGAAGCCCCGUCCGGUCUCCCAGUUGGUCGCCCAGCAAGUAACCCAGCAGUUCGCCUCCCCCACACAGCCAAAGAAAGAGAAGAAAGAGAAAACGGACAAAGAGAGAAAUGAAAAGGAGCCGGUGCUGAAGAAGAACAGCCACAAGAAAAUGAGGCCAAGAUUAAAAAACGUGGACAGGAGCAGCGCGCAGCACCUGGAGGUCACGGUCGGAGACCUGACUGUCAUCAUUACGGACUUUAAGGAGAAAACAAAGCCCCCGGCAUCAUCCAGCGCAACGUCCGCAGACCAGCACAGUCAAAGCGGCUCCAGCUCGGACAACACCGAACGGGGAAUCUCCAGGUCGUCCUCGCCCCGGGGGGAGGGCUCGUCAGUCAACGGAGAAUCCCAUUAGCCCCGCCCCCAGCCCCGGCCCCUCCCUGCUCCCCGUCAACCCCUGUUACUUUAGUCAUUACGCAAUAUGCACAUGUUGUAUAACUUUUGCCAAGAUAGACCACAAGUCCCCAUUUCAGGUGAGGUACACCACAUUCGUGACAUGCAGCCAUCGAGGUGGGCAUAUUGGAAGUCUUCCACUAUGUGUUCUGUCCUGGUCAGUUUAUUUUUUCAAGAGACCCCUAUCCUGUUGACAUUCAUAGUAAGUGAACUGUAAAAUUUGCUUACCCUUUGUUUCUGAUUAAAAUUAAACUAUAUUCUUUGGGGGAACAAAUUAGAGUAUAAAACGUAUAGUGCCAUGUCAAUGUGGUAGUAUUUUACAUCAGAUCAGUGUUAUAUGGUCUACACGCAUACUCAUUAAUUUCUCUUUCUGAAAUGGACUGUUUUCGUGGUGUGAAAUGGGUUAGAGUUUUAAAAAGUGUUUACGACAGAAUAUGCAUUACGGCAGCAGAAAAUGUGAAGAGACAAUUUCUGAGGUGUACAGUGAUGUGGAUGAAGAACUGUGAUGGCGACUCAGCUAUUUUCCUCAGUGGCUUAAAAUGCACCUGCUGGUACUUGGUGUGGUUUAACAAGAAAAUAUUCCUUAAAAGCAUUUGUAUUUGAUUACGCCAAUAUCUUACAGCACAUGUCAUUUUAACGUUUUUUUUUUUUUUUUGUUCCUGGUAAUACCAGUCUGUGCUGUUAAAUGUGUAUGAACAUCUCAGUUAAUUACAUUGUUUUACUGUCUGAAGAAAUGUUUAUAAGUAAAAAAUGAAAUUAUGAAUCUGUUGUUACA